AUGACCCCGGCUCUCCAGGGAGCCCAUGUUGCCCUGCCGCCUCAGGGAGCCCAAGUUCCACCACCGACCCUGUUAGCCGAAGUUUCCCCGCCGACCCAGGGAGCCCAGGUUCCCCAGGGAGCCAGGGAGCCCCUGUUGCCCCGCCGCUCCAGGGGCCCUGGUUACCCCACCUCCCCAUGGAACCAAUGUUCCCCAGGGAGAAGAGAUUCUCCCGCUUCCCCAUGGAGCCCAGGUUCCCCCGCCGUCCCAUGGAGUCAAGGUUCCCCCGCCAUCUCAAGGACCACAGAUUCCUCCGCCGCUCCAGGCAGCCCAGGUUCCCCCGCCACCUCAGGGAAACCACGUUCACCUGCUACCCCAGGGAGCCAAGGUUCCCCCGCCAUCCAAGGACCACAGAUUCCCCCACCACCCCAGUAAGCCCAGGGUCCCCCACCAACCCAGGGACCACAGAUUUACCCGCCGCUCCAGGGACCACAGAUUCCAACGUCAUCCCAAUGGAGCCGAGGCCACCCGUAAAACCCUUAAAAACAUAUUAUGUAUAUAAUGUUGUUACAGCAGGUUACAAAAAGAAUGUUCGUAUUUAAAGCAAUUAGAUUAAUCUUUGAAGAGAUAAAAAUCAGGUAAACAUAUAUUAAUGUUCAGGUCUCCAUAUUUCCUAUAAUCCCCGUCAGCAUGUAUUUACAACGUGUGGGCGAUUGAUAAAAUGUUACUUUUGGAACCAACUUGACCCGUGAAGAUCCGGGUAGAGAAUAGGUCUUCAGCAACCAAUGUUUGCGGUAAAAGACGACUUU